AUGGCAGCGCUUUGCACCGACUUUUUCGCGCUAAACUACGAUGUGCUCUCCCUCGUGCUCGCCCUCAUCUCUGUACAAGAUGCCAAACAGCUCGCGCUCGUCUCACACCAGGCAUACGCGCUCGCGAUGCCACGUAUCUUGGCCGACGUCUCUCUCGGUGGCGCGUUCCACAAACCCUCCAGUAUUCCUGCCACUCGCCAGCUCACCGGUUUCUGUGCAUUCAUGCUCGCUGAUGACCGAGAACGCCUCCCAUGCCUGCAAAGUCUCGAGAUAAGGCGCGAUGCUGUGCGGAGCAGAGUGGGCGGUGUUUGGGCGGUCGACUCCCGGUGCGUGGAGCUCUUGUCAGAGGUGCUGGCGCGGGCAGUGCAUCUUCAAAAAAUCACGAUCUGGAGCUUUGACUCUCUGGUGACCGCGUACCCACUCAUCGUGGAUGCGCUCGGAGGCUGUGCGCGUCUACAGACCGUGUGCCUGGGUGGUGAUAUCGCCCCCAUGUCCACCCUAAUUCGCGCUUUCCCUCACGUCCGGACUUUGCAAUUCGUAGACGGCCGAGCGUCCUGGGGACCACGCUGGGAUACGUGCGUUACACCUGCUACCGGAGAAGCCUGGCCGAACCUGGAUCACGUCGAGUCCGGGUUCCCUGUUCUUCCGCUUGCCAAACCCGUUCGACGCGUAGAUAUCCGCAAUCCUCUCUCGGCAUAUGGCGAUCACCUCGAGAACGCACUGGACUAUAUUCAGGCGACAAGGCCGGUCGUCUUGUCAUGUGUAGUGGACAUCUCCGUGCUCGACUCCGAGUUUAUCGCGCGGCUUCCGGAGGUCGCGUGCAACUUGAAGUACCUCGAGCUGAUCAUCCACGGCUGCGAGUCGCUCGCAACUAUCACAGUAUGGAUGACCCGGAUUGCCGCCCUGUUGUCCCCGCUCCCACUCCUCGGUCUCGCGCUAUACAGCAGCACCCCAGCCAGCUUCCCUUCACCGUUCUCCUCUCCCGCCGCAUCCCCGCCUUCCUCCCCUCGCCUUUCCCCUGUACCUGACGCCCCCGCCAUCGCCGACCUCAGCUUCGCUGCCCUCGAUUCUGAUGCAAUUACCCCAGUGGCAGUCACAAACCGCUCACAACCUCCCACCCUGCGUACAAUCGCACGGGAUGCGGCGUCUGCCAUCCCAUCGGUUCGCUACGUCGCGCUGCAACCUGCUGGGCCCACUACGCGUAACGCGUACAAGCCCGAGUGGUUCGUCGCCGAGCGUCCGCGUAAAGGUGGUGCGAUCCGGGUACGGGAAUUGGGCGAGCGCGAAGGCGUACUGGUAGGGCAGAUGUUAAGGAGGUUGGACGUACAUGAUUGA